AUGGACCAGUCAACUACAAAUCUCGUGCAACACACUUGUUCCAUUCUUGCACUCACAAACAGGUGUUUUAACACCUGUUUGAUGAGAGGCAAGGUUCAGAAAGAAGUUCAGUUAAGCAACGAUAAGGCUAAGCUCUUGGUCCAGCAAAGUGGACUGGCUUCAAUGUACCCAAUUGAUGACGAAGAGGAAGAAAACAUGUUCUCGUUCUUCAAAAAGCCCAAAGAAGUGGAUGAAUCUCAGCUGUUGAUCGACGACAAGGAUAUAAUCUGACUUCAUAAUUGAACACUCAGCAAUAAGAAAUACAAAGAGUUCUUGCAUGAGCAGCUACUUAAUGACUAUAUACAGGUAAAGAAGAAAAACAAAGACAUUAUGAAUUCGAUGUAAGCUUUCAAUUACUGCAA